CAUUUUAGAUGUAGGUAUGGCUGAAUUGUUCUCAAUACAAUAUGUGGCAAUACAAUGAUUUUUAUCCAAUGCCGCGGAUGAAUCGGCAGAGGUUUAAAAGCUUUUGUCAGAAUGUGGCACCACUGGCAAGCUGCUUAGGUUAAAAAUACAUUCCAAGAGUGAGAGAGCCUGCAGACGCUGACAUUCAGGAAAGAACCAAAAGGCUUUUUAUUUUGCGUUCCGGGAAGGCUUGAAGUACAGUACAUUCAGCUCAGGCCUCUAUGUCAAGUCAAUUAGGGUCAACGAAGAAAGGAUACACCCAACUUUCUAUUAGUAAUGAUGUGAUAUUUACUAGAAAAUACUAAACAAUUAGGCAUGCUGGUGUAAGGCAUUAAUUAAAGCUGUUAUUUGAAAGCAUCAUUAGCUGCUUAAUCAAUUCACAAAUGAAUAAUGCUGUUACAAAUCAAACGGCAUAUUCUAAUUAUUAGCUUUAUGUAUUGGUUGUUCAUGUAUGGUUAUUAAUUCACUCUGUCUUUCCCUCUGCAUAUUAAUAAUAGUCAUUAAUGGUCUGAUUCAGGAUCAAAUCCUCUUAGCACAGAACUCAUGUUCUUUAUACAAGCAGUUGAAUAGCCCUGGCUGGAUAACUCCAUUACUAAACCAACCAUCUAGCCAGACUGUUGGAUAUCCUCUCUGGGUCCGCUUUUGUCUGUUACAUAGUGGGGUUUCUUUGGAAACAUAACACCCUUUCUUUUCUGUCUCGCUCCUUUAUGGCCUGACCAGCAGCUGCAGGGUUAAUGUUUAGCAGUAGUUGGAGGAGGAGAGAGGUGGGGGCAAGUCUACAGUUAUUGUAGUAGGCAGGGUCUAUUGGGGCAGGAAGCCUGCCUCCUCACUCGCCCUGGAACAAUGGGAGAUAUUGCAGGCAGACGGCACAGCACAGGGCAGCCGGCGAGAGAUGCACACAAUUCACAUGCUCGAGGAUGGGCCUUUUUCUAUCAGUAGUUUAGAGGAAACAGUUCCUUAUUAGAGGAGAGGGCAUCACCUUGUGGAUAAAUCCUUUCUUCAACUGGAAAAUACUUGCAUUGUGGGGCUUUUUUUACGACUGAUUUUCUUUAGACUGGGGCUCUCUCGGGUGCUUUGAGUGGAUGCUAGGAUAUGAAGCAAGAACCAUGUCUGAUGAGACAGAACCGAGGAUGUGUGAUAACCUGGAGGAAGAGGAGGGUGACGUUGAGGACUACCUGGAGGAAGAGGAGGGAGACGUUGAGGACUACCUGGAGGAAGAGGAGAACAACGGAGAACUGAUGGACCGACUCAGAGAGCUGGAGGCAGAAAACUCAGCUCUUUUGUUGGCCAAUGAGAAUCAAAGAGAAGCAUAUGAGAGAUGUCUGGAUGAGGUGGCCAACCAUGUGGUCCAAGCCCUCCUCAACCAAAAGGAUCUGCGAGAGGAGUGCAUCAAGCUGAAGAUGCAUGUGUUUGACCUGGAGAGACAGAACAGAGUGUUGUGUGAGCUCUUCCAACAGAAGCUACCCAACCAGUCAAGCUCUCAGGACCAGGUGCAGCCAGGACCCCUCCCAGUAUACAAUACACAGCUGCUGCACAAUGUCUCUGACAAGCAGGUGGGGUCACAGUCACAGAGCGACGCACAAGCCAAGGGAAAUGGGUUUCACCGCACACUGCCACAGGCCCCAGCAACUCCCCCCAGAGGCCCAGCCGCAUCCAUGGAUGCCCUGUCCCCAUUCUUCAAGAAGAAAGCACACAUUCUGGAGGUCCUUCGAAAGAUGGAGGAGACAGACCCCCUCAAGUUCCACCCCUCUGCAGGCAGCAUCACCUUCUGUGACUACAGUCAGGUCCUGAUGUCCACAGAGGCUGUCCUGGCUGCUGGAGACCUGUGUAAGAAGCACCAGACACUCUGCUCCUGCUCAGACUCCGACAUGCAACAACAGCAGCACAUCAAUGGUGAAGGGCAGUUAUGUCCUACGCACCUCAAAAAGAGCACAGACAGUCCAGUCAAAUGUAACUAUGUUUGUGGUAGUACUGCAAAGCUCAACCUGACCCCAAACAAUGUCAAAGGCACAUCCACCACAGCUGCUAUCAGUGAAUGCCACAUCAAGAGCACAUCAGUGGAGAAACAACAGACAAUGAAUGACCACCAGCAACCAGCAGGUCCUAACUCUUACUUGUCAAUCACAGUUGUAGAUCAGACUAGCCCAGCCAAUCAGGGCCCAGAGGCUGGAUUAAAGACUGGGCAGGUCCAGGACACAGAGAAGGAGAGCUGUCUUAAAGGGAAGUCUGAUGAGGAUGGUAGUUUGUUUACCUCCCAGCUGCCUGUCCCUGGAGUGAAGGACAACCCUCAGCUAGCAUACUGUGAGCUGGAAACCAAUGGGUUUAUCUUAUCUUCCAAUGACAGUGAUAACGUGUUGAGUGAUGUAGUUAUUCCAGAGAAAGACGGUGGCCCAGCAGAGGAGGGGGAUUUCUCUGGGAGAGCCAACGUGGCCCUCAGCCCCAUCCGUUCAUCAUGUCUCAGCGACGUCAAAGCCGCUGCCAUCAAUUCCCCGUCCAGGGUCCUCAAGUUCCUAAAGAUCCCUACAAUGGCAGAGAGGACCCAGGCAGGGGCCAGCCCUGUCCGUCUGAGCCCCCAGCUCACCCGCACGUCGAAGAUCCCCUGUCGCACUAACAACUAUGAGGUGUACCACUCCCCUGUCCCCUCACGCAGAUCCGCUACCACAGAAAGGGCCAGGCAGCCUCCUCCUCCACCCACCAGGUCCGAAUCCUACCCAGCCACUACGCACUCAGCCUCAGCCCCCACCUCCCCGCCUCAGCCUGAGGACACCUGCUCCCCUCCAGCCAAGGAGCUUUGCUACAGGAGCCUCUUAGCCCCCAAGACCAACAAUGGUGUCCCCGAUCCACUGGCCCCUGGCACUUCUCACACACCCAGGGCCUCUUCGCAGAAGGUCCCGUACUAUGAGAACAUGUUGGAACUUUCCACCUCGGCUCAGGUAGAAGAAUCCAAGGUCCCAGAGAACGUAAACAUAUCAUCUUUCUCUCAUACCAUAACAGAAAGUGACAGGAAGCAAAAUAAUUCACUAAUACAUAAAGACAAUGUCCUGUUUCUCCAGCAGCAGCAUUUGUCCCCUGCUUCGGACUCCUCAUCCUCUUCCUCGUCCUCCUCAUCUUCGUCCGAUCAGGAUGGCAACACAGAGAGCCCAUUCUGGCACGGCCACCACAGUCUGCCCAACCCCUCUGCCCUCAGAGCAGCUCAGUUUCAGAGCAGCCCAGCUCACUAUGCCAGCAUGAAAGACAGAGGAUCACAGGACCAGGAUACUAGAGAGGCCACAAUACAAAACUCUGAUCUCUCCCAGUCCCAGCCUCCAGUUCUCCCAGCCAAGAGACAUGAUCCCUCGUCCAUUCCCAAGAGGCCUUCUGGGGUAGCAGGGUCAGGGAGUCAGCCAGCCGAGUCUAGUCACACAUUCAAAUACAGGCUGGCUGCACUUGGCAAGCUGAGGAGCUCAGAGGACUUACAAAUCAAUGUGCUCCUGCCAGUAGACAAGCCAGAGCCUCAGAGUGAGGAGAGUAUAGUCUAUUUUAACGAUGACAGGAAUAAGACAGAGGAGAGCCCUGUGGAUGGUAAUUUAGAGGAGCAGAGACACUCGGAAUAUACAGACUCUCUGGACGGUAAGCUUAAAGGUAUUCCUGGUAGCGUUGCUUUGAAUUUCCCAGGUGACUGUCAGUCCUAUGAUCCUGCAGCUAAGUCUCUCUUUGGCUCUUCAGUCGUCAAGGCAGAGCUGGAGAUGCUCUCAUCCAGAGUGGGUGUGGCUAAGACGGACAGCCCCAAAGGUAAACUGGGCCUCCCGUCUCCAAACACUGACACUCCCAUAGUUUUACGCAACAACAUGAAAUGCCCGGCUUCUCUGAACCUGUCUUACCAUGGUAAACAACCUGCACCCAGCAUCCCUUACAGCAGCAGCAGCCCCAGCAAGGUCCCUCCUAAGUCCCCGUCUAAACCGUGCCAGGGCCUGGCUCCCUCAGCUGGAACUGGGAAGCCCACCCUGGAGGCCCCAGCCCUGGUCCCCCGGUACUCCUCCAAGUCAGAGGACAGGAGCAAACUCAACGCAAACAAGAGAAACACCACAGUGUACAGUGACAGCCUUCCUCCCCCGCUCCCAAUGCCAGAACCGCAGCAGCAGGAAGAGGAGAAGAGACACCUUCUCCCUAUUGUCUCCAGCCCCACACUUGGCCCCACGUCAGCCAUUGAGGAGAAGGUGAUGAAGGGUAUCGAGGAGAACAUGCUGAAGCUGGCAGAACAGGACAGAGGACAGGUUACUGAGGUCAAACUGAAGGCCUCUAACGGGAUCGCCAGCUGGUUUGGCCUGAAGAAGAGCAAACUCCCAGCUCUCAGCCGCAAACCAGACAUACCACCUAAGGUCAAAGACGAGAAGAAAGGUGGAGAGUGGAGGCUGAAUAUCCCUUCCAAAAUGGCGGGGUCUAAGUUUAAAGGAGAGGGCGUGGGGGUGGAAAGCCUAAAUAUCUCGAUGCUGAUGGAGAAGGCGGAGGGUCUGAGGAGAGCUCUGGAGGAGGAGAGGGCCUACGUGAAUGGGGUUGGGGGGGUCGGGAUGGACCGGUCUGGAAGGGGCCACUCCUGUGAGGUGGUGAUGGACCAAUCACAGGGCCAGCUGGCUGUGAUGUACAGGGGAGCGCGCUCAGACAACUUCAUGCAGCAGCUACUGAACAGGGUGGAUGGGAAGGACUUCAGUGGCAUCAGUGUGGCUCAGAGACGCCUCUCCUUUGACUGUAAAACCUCCAGACCGUUCAGCAGACACACCACCAGCGGGGAGGACAUGCAGAAGGGUUCAGAACAUCUGAUCAGCAACGUCCCCUCAGAUGACAAUGUAGCUGACCCAGUUCACUCUCAUCACUUCGCAGCUUCUGGUGCCUCCACCUACACCCUGGACAGUGGCAUUGGCACCUUCCCUCUGCCUAACUACUGUAGUGGUACGCCUGGGAGAAGCCUGUCUAAGGUGAGAGGGGCUGGAGCUGAGCAUGGCUCCUCUGGUUCUUCUGGCCGGGCAGGGAGGAGGGCUAGGACCCUGGACAGAGAGCCCUCAUCCAUGGAGCAGUGCUAUCAAUCUCACAGAGACAUGACGGCCCCUGUAAUGUACGGGUCUGUACUGGAGGGGAAAGGCAUGCCCAGGCAAACAGCUGGGGUCAUUCAUGAAGACACAGAAGCCUAUGGAGCUCACAUGCUGUCCCACCGCUCCAAGACCUGGACCUUCCCCAACCUGAAGACCCCUGCAGGGCCCACUGAGAUGUACCUUGCUGUGGAAGAAGAGGUGGAGACGGCCCCCUAUGGAUCCCCUUUCAGAGGGAAGGCCUGUGGUACCUCUGGAUCUCGUAACAUAGACCCCAGCAGUCUGCCGGUGCCGGCCCAGACAGGGCUGAGCCGACGGGGGAAGAUCCGCAGUGCGCCCAGUGCCCCAGAGAUGGGCCUUGGCCGGGAGACAAGCCUGGAGCUGGUGAGGGAGAGGCCUGAGGAGGCCCUCUCUCCCAGCCGCCCGCAGGUCCUAGAGACCCCAGAGUCACUCAGUGACUCUCUCUACGACAGCCUCUCUUCCUGUGGCAGCCAGGGAUGACUUGCAGAUCUUACUAUGGUGCCAACUGACCCACCUUAGUGGAAUAUGGACUGUGCUAAGAUAUACCCAUUUCACACUCGUACCAACCUGAACCAAAUUGGGCUGGCUCCAAUUCCAAAAUGUUCUUUUCAGAAUGGUUCUAGCUACUAUGGCGGAUGCGUAACCAGGCCAGCCGGAUACAGCUUGGUCCGACCCAGCUUAGUUUGUCUCAGUAGUGUGAAAAGGGUACAAGUGAUGCUGACCAUCCUUAGAGGAAUAUGGACUGUGAUAAGAUGGUGUCCCCUUAAGACUUUCAUGUUUGCUUUCUCACCAGCUACUGUAUGUUUCAAGGUUAACUGGAAAGGCAAACCUCUCCUCAGGAUAACUACAACCCAAAGGAUAGACUAUUCACAAUAACACUUUUUUAUGACAGGAGAGAAUUGGACAAACACACUGCUAACCAAAAUAGCUAUUUAUAUAAUUGUAGGAUUAUGGAAAUAGUGUGCUGAGCGAUUAGGACUUUGAGGUCUUUUUGGUUCAAUGACUAAAAAACAAUACCAGUUUGAUUUCAAUUAUUUAUUUAGCUAAUUAAAUACUGUAUCACAGAAUAAAACAAAGUCCAAUGAUGGUAGUUACAUUUGAAAGUGACUGCCCAUUACUGCACCAUGUAUUCACAUUCAUUUAAUCAAAUAUUCCAGUUGUGUAGAUGACCUUAUUAUUCCAUUCCAAGUCAUCUCAUCUAUAUUGAGCUGCUGCCUAUGCUCUGACAAAAUCCCUAUUUUAGAAGUUCAAAAUAAAUAAGGCAUAUUUUUAUGACCGCUGAAUACCAACUAUCAAUCACUUAGAUAAUGUAUGUAGACACCUCAGGAAGCAAGUGCUCUCUAUCCCUAUCGCGCAUUCUUCUGUCUGCCUCACACUAACCUAAGGUAGCAUGCCUAAAAGAAGCAGACCGGCCAAGUAGCUGCGCAAUGUAUUAUGGUCAUUGUCGUUAAUUACCACGGUUUCAACGCGAAAUGAUGUACUUUCCAACAGUUCAAUAUUCUACAACUCCCUACUACAUUGCACAGUUCGGGCUUGAACCGAUUUAUCUCUAUAGAGAAACUGCGCAAUGUGGUCAUUGAGGUCAGAAAACAACUAAAUGGAAUUAAAAUAAUUGAACGGAUGUCAGUCCAUUUGAAAACAAAAAUAACUAACAUUUCAGUUAAUCGCUUAGUAAUAGGUAAUACACAUGAUUACAAUAUCGAACAUUUCCACACAAAAAAUAAUUUGUUGAAAUUGAAUGUCUUGUUAAUUAAGUCUUACGCCAACCUUCACCUACAGAGCGCUGGAACACUGAACAUGCAAGGACUCGUUACCAAUAAAUCCCUCUUUAUCAGCACACCCAAUGUACUGAAUCCUUCAUCUUGAGCUUCAUUUUUCACUAUUGAAUACAUUUAAUUUUAUGUCAAAUUAUUUGUUGAUGGGGUUAAGAUUUUCUCUAACUGCCAAGAAAGCGUUUAGUUUAGCCGGCCAUUCUUUGAAGGUAAUAUGCCAGCAAUAAUAUUGUCCAAUUAAUUAUGUAUUUAUUUUUAUGUUAAAUCAACUGCAUAUUUGUAAUUGUCCCAUUUUAUUUGUUAACUUGUAAAUGCAGUCACCUGGCUAAAAUAGAUUGUUUAACUUUGGAUGUCAUAAUCUUGAACAGCUAAGAUGUCAACAUUCUUUUAAAAAGGUUUUUGAUUAUUUCUUGUUCAUGUGUUCUCACUGAAGCACAAAUAAAAUUAUACCAUAUACCUUG